CUUGAUUGUUUUGUCUACAAACGAACGGAUUCAUUCGCAGGCAUCAAUGUGUUUUUGCUGCUCAUUCAGAGAACAUUGUAUGUUUUAAUUGAGUUUUCAAGUGACUGACGAUCAAGAAAAGAUUUCCUUUCAUUCAUAUUCAGCAUUCGAAGUGGUGAUUUUGGUUAUUUCGUUUUUUUUAUUUGGAUUGAAACAUUGUAGCAGUUAUGGCGUAAUUUGAUCCUUCUUGCGUUCACAGUGUUUGCCCAGUGCAGAUUGGUGAAUCAUCACAAAUAAAUAUAAAAGAUAAGCGGACACAGUUUUAUAUUGCUGCACGCAUACUGAGCUGAGAAAAAUGGAAGAUUAACGAAGCCUCUUCUAACGGGACGGUCAAGUGAUAUCGGAAUUUUACCCAGCGACAAAAUUAAAAAUCCUUCAAGGAAACCUAGACGACAGCGAAAUGGCAACGCUAGAGAAGUCCAAAACAAAGCAUCGAAUUAAGAGCAAACUAAAACCAUUAGUUCUGCCAGACGUUCCAGUCGAUGCCCUCGACGAUGAGGAAGAUGCAGACCUCGGUGAACCCGCGGUCGAUAUCGAUUUUCCUAGUACGUCCACCUCGGAAGAAGCUCCAGUGGCUGUCGCUGUGCAUGUGGAAGAAGUUUACGACGACGCAGCCGAAGCUGAAGAACGCAAUUUGACGAGUAGCGAAGAUGGACUUGCAUCUGUAGAAGCGAUUGCUCCGUCGGCUCCAUUAUUUGAAGCGGGGGCAUCCGCCGUUGAACUCGCUCCAGAAACCAAUUAUAUUAAACAGCCCGUAGCGGUCGCAGCGCUGUAUCCGAAUCUUCAGGAAAUGAGGAUCAAAGAAACGGCCACCCUCGAUGUGGUUCACAGUCCCGCGAAAUCGAUGCUACCGCUGAGUCGGGAGCAGUUGGCACAAUUCUAUCGUGUGGACGGUGAAAUGGCGCUGGCGGAGUCAUUCGAAGCGGAGUUUCUGGCACGCGAGCUGGACCAGAGUGACCAGUGCACGAACCACCCGCUGUACCAGCUGCUAAGGCGUUACGCCAAGGCUAGGGCCGAUUUGAGCCUAAACAUGUUGGAAUUUGACGCCUUGCGUCGGAAGUGCAAAGUACUGGCCACCGAGCUGUGGAUAACGCGGGACCAAACUUUCACCGGGACGAAUACCUGCGGUGAUGGGAAUUUACUGCGGGCGAGCUGUCAGGGAAGUGUUGCCGUCCUCCAGCAAUCCACUCUGAAAGAGUUCAGCUCCAAUCUAAAGGAUCUGAUGAAGCAGUCGUGCUUCCAAUGCAACCAAUCCACGUACGAUGUGGAUGCAACUCGAAUAAAAAUCGAACAGAAAAUCUACGAAACCCUAAACCUGCACCCAAUGUUUAGCAAUCUUCCGCCCGAUGCGCCCGUAAUUUUGAUGCCUACGUUUGAUCCGACCCAACUGGCCGCCGCCAUUGGAGAGCUCCGCCUAUGCAUCUCCAUUCUGUUCGCAUUCCUCCGCAAAGGCAUCACCGACAAGCGCUUCCUGUCGGACGUUCGUAGCUGGACGGUGAAGUUGGUUGCCACCCAACUACGCAUCGCAACCGGGCAGGAUCAUCUGUUUGUACUGUUUCACGUUCUGCGAAGUCCGAGCGGGAUCGCAAACUGGGCCACCGCGCUGGUACAGCUGCCCACCGAGGGAGACCUACAAUGGGGCAGCUUGGAAUUUCAACACAUUCUGGUGGUAAUGGCCCGGUUGCUGCUGCCGAUAAGGAAGCGAAACGAGUUUCUGGAAAAGCUGAAACUGGACAUGAACCGUUCGAUUGACGUCGUUCAGGAGGAAAUGUGGGCGAUCGUGGAUAGCGACGGGGAAGACUGUUCCGGCUCGGACUCCAUAUCCGAGCUCAAGGAGGCGGAUCUGGUGGCGUUGAUCGAUCAAGUGCCGUUUGGGAAAGUUUUUCGCGCCUUGGCGACGGUGGAUUGUAGGUUGGAUGGCAGUCUGCGGUUGGACGAAGAGCUGAUACGAGGUACGCAUCUGUUGAAGUCGAUCGCGUUCGGAAACGUCUUCGUGGAGUUGCUGGGGAAUGGGUUGGUGACAUACGAUUCAGAUCGAUAUCGUCAGUUUGCCAAGAGGUUGGCGCGACUGAUAAAGCACACCGUGUUCUACGUGAGUGAUUUGUAUCGGAUAUUGCUGGAACGGACGAGGGAUAUCAACGUAGUGGUGGAUAGUUACGAAAGCGCACGAAUUUGUUUGGAGUUGGAUAUGUUUGUGGUACGUGCAGCGCAGUACAUCUUUCGAUCGCGGAAGAUCGGUACAUGGCAGUACCUGACGGGGUUUCCCUUCGAUCAGCUAAGUGUGGAUGCGCUGUGGAAAUUAUAUUACUGCCUGUACUUGGACGAGUUCAACGAGGAGUUGAUCACGGCAGUCGAUAAGGACUUUCGCGAACUUUGCGUUGGUGAGCAUCAGAAGGAGAAAUUCCGAAAUGGUUUAGUAGGGAUGCCUUCGGAGGAUCUGUACUAUUUGCUGCAGGUGUUUUCCAACAUGGCGCUCGCUAGGGAGAUUUGCGACAUCGAGUUUAUACAGACGAUCGCGUUGAACCUGUUUGAUAUCGGUUAUCUAAACGAAUAUACCAAAGACUUCUGCUACAAAGCGGUCAAGGAUUUAUUGUACAAUAUCGUGUCCAAGCAUCCUGCGUUGGUGUCCAGUUUGCUGCAGUCGUUGAAACAGGAUGUAACACAAGCAGACCAAUCGGCAAUGUACGUGUUCAAAGCACUGCCGUUGAAUCGCUGGCGGCCGCAGUGGGACGACUUUGAGCUGCUUGCAAACUGGUUACUAAACUAUGGUUUCGACGCCAUUCAAAGUUCAACUGCACGAGUGAUCCUGAUCCAUUUGAACUACAAUUUCGACCAAAACAACGAGCUGUUCCUACCCCACGACAUACACGUUCGAAUAGCAUGCCUCAUUACGGAAGUCUACAGCAAACACGUUCCAGAACUUCUCGGAAACCCACAGGGUCUGGUCGCCUCGGUAAGCAGCCUGAUAAAGAACAAAGCCGCGCAGGAUCAAUUCCUGGCCUGGUGUUGGAACAUGAUCAGUCUACUGCGGCUCCACUGCAUGGACCAGAGUGUCGAGAUCAUCAACGGGAUGAUGAAGAACCCGGCACUGAUUUUGCGCCACGUACUUGAACUGGAACGCGCUCAACAGAUCUACCAAGGGGUGACCGAGAAUCGUCCUCUUGCGAUCUAUUUGGCAAUUCUCAUCAGCACAUGGGGCCAUUCAGUGCCGCAAAUCUGCCACAAAGGGUUAGAACAAAUCCGCUUAUUGUUGAACGAUCACCGGUACAUGGUGGUCGUUCGAUGUCUGCAACUCAUCACGCCUCUGUUCCUCGAGUGUCCUGAUAGUUUGAGUCGUUGCGAAUCCUUCAAAUCCAUUAUCAUUAGUUUGAUGGCAGCGGACAAAUAUUACGCGCGCUUCACUAAAGACCAAUUUCGACCGGAGACCAGCAAUCCAGUUACAGAGAUGCUCAAAUGUAUGAUCCUCUCGCAAAUCAUCAACUACGUUCGCUACGGACUGGGAUCGCCUACGUUGUUGAUUAACAUUUGGCUGCAGUGCCUUACGGAGUUGCCGAAUUGGACCAAGGAUCCAGCGGUUCUCGGAUUGCUGGAUGCCAUGCUGGGGGUCGCUUACCAAUUUCCGGAUGCUUGGCAUUCGAUGAAGGAAUUCUUUCGGCCUUAUUACUCGCGUUUUGAGGACAUCAAAGCGUCCAAACCCACAGGAUUGCUCAACUUGCUGGCCUCUAGUCCAAACGACCUGUUUAAUACUCCAUCCCCGGCCACUGUUUUUCUGUCGAUUUUCACUCUGGAAUUGGAGUACGAGCUCACGGAAAUACAGUCCCGUAUCUGGCACGAAGUGAUUCGAGGAAUAGGUCUUCCCAGUUCACCGACACUCUCCCUGGAUACAGCUGUUAAAAAGGCAACCUCUAUUCUCGGGUAUCCUUCCUUUCCGCCCUCGUCGCUUACCAUCUUCAAAUUGGCAAACCUCGUGGCGAACUGCACCAUCAAUAACUUCAUGUACCCGAUCGUGUGUCAACUCUUCUUCACCCUCUAUCUAUCACGGAUUCCGCUCUCUCCGGAUGAAGAACGAUUCGUCAACUGCUACGGCGUAGCAGAUCGCUUCUACGAGUACAACGUCGGCCUGAUGAAGCGCAUUAAAAAGCAGCUUUACGAUGCCGAAUGCUACUACAAUUCGGCUUCCGUUGGCGAAAGUGAUGAAAGACAGCGUUCCUUCUAUAACCACUGCACCCGUUUAUUCAAAACCUUCCAACUCUGGUUAGAAGACACCCAGUUGAACAAGAUCCGAGUACAGGUCAUGGGGCUUCCGCCGCAGUUCGACUGCCAUAGAUUGGCUUCGAUCUUUCGUGGAAAUCGUGACCAUUGGACGGACUUUAUAGACCACCGGGGCAUCCGUUCCGACCAUCGUGAUCUCGCAGAUGCUUGGCAAAAACUCUGCUACCGAUACAAACCAGAAGUCGUCACCAUCGUACCCAACUCUCCGGCAAGAUCACUCGCUUCCAGUGUUAGCGUAACGGAUUUGCACGAUGUUAAGCAAUCAAUCUUCAAACGACUUGAGGCGUACGAUGCACCAGCACCUGCUCCACGCCUGUUCAAGCCUACACCCCUCGUUCCUCCAGUCAAAUUCGUAUCCCAGUCGUCAAACUCCCUAAUUUCCACCCUCAAAUCGGACUUCUCCUUGCUGGAUUCGUAUGCUCGCAAAGAAUUCCACGUCAUGUACAACGAACAUCUACUGUUGGACUCUUACUACCUUGAGCAAGUGCCAAAACUCUACAUCACAGAGGACAAAUCCCUCUACAAAGACGUCAGCUGUUCCAUCAGUUGCACCGAACCCCGAAAGGUCCUCGUACGGUACAAGGUCUCCAAACUAGACAAAAACCUAAGUGGCGUGCUCUCCGAGAACCGUUCGGCACACGACUCUCUGUUGCAACGGGAGAGCAGACUUUCGGAUCGGGUCAUUAUGGCAUCCGUACGAAUCGAUGCCUUCCUUCGGCAAAUAGUGGACGCGUACCGGGAGUGCAAACUGGGUGGAGAGGCGAAUGUCUGCGUCAAGUUGAACAAAGUGGGAUCAACGUUGUUCUACGAAUUCGUCGCCAGCAUGAACGACUACAACCAACUGUGCCCGCUCACCAAGGAGGUCUGCUCGCUGGGGAUCAGUCAGCUUGGGUUUUUCAUGCAGGAGAACCAAAACGACGAAGGCAUCAAGCUGCUAAACAUUGCCCUGAAACGUCCGGAUAUGAUCAAUCUGCUGUCGGAGCUACUGGUUCCGGCCAGCUGUCCGCCCCAAUAUUUCUUGCGGAUGUAUGAGUUUGUAAUCGACUCGCACAUCAAACGGCACGACACCCAGGUGCUGUUCGUCAUGCUGUCCAAGUUUGACAUCGUCAGCUGGAUGAAUCGCUACAGACCCAAACUGGUGGACGUCAAGCGGCUGGUGGAGCUGAUUCUUGGAGGACUGGAGGGAUGGAAUCAGAAAAACGCCGUGUUGAUCCAGGACGUGAGUAGAAUUCAUUCAAAUCUUGUUCUAACAACUUUAACCGGAUUUCAACAGCUUCUGCAGCGACACCUGCUACACUUGUUCGAGUACGACUUCCCGGAGCACUACGGAGAUAUUCUGCAAAUGAGUUUGACCGCUUGUUCGCGGAAAAAGAUUAUGCCUCAGGUUCUGCUCGAUCUGCUCAACUCUAUGCGACGCCGCGUCAGUUGUCAGCCCUUAACGUUCGGUCUCGGACUGGUGGCGAUCAAAGAAGAGUUUCGGAGUUUUGCCACCAAACAAAAUAUCCUUUCGUACAAAGAUCUCAUCGAUACCACGGUUCUGCUAACCCAACACUUCCAGCAGGAACGGCUGAACCACGGUCUGCAUGGGCUGUACCCGAUGCAUAGCGACUACUGCGAAGUGCUGUCGCUAUUGUUGGGAUCGGUGGGGCAUGGAGCUGUCGUUGCAGCAGUUCACACUUAUCCCGGAGUUCUUGCAGAUGAACUAAUCAACUGGCUGUGGCCAUCGUUGUGCAACAUGUUCUCCCCAUGGCUAACCCCGUACUUCCCGCAGAACAUGAAAGGCCAGAAGCAGGUGGCCAACUGGAUCCAGCAGAUCGCCAGUGACAGCACGAUUCUUCCGCCGUGGAGCGAACUGCACGCCGAUUCCGCAUUCCGCAUGGUCAAAGUGUUCGAACACUGUCUUCAGUAUCUGUUGGAUACAUUUCCGUCUAGUAGUGCGCUCCUUGGGCAUCUGUUCUACUGGUACGAGUUGAAUUUUGCUCAUCCGGCAUUGCCGCGCUUCGUAGCUGUUCCCAUUCACACGAAUCUGAUGAACCUGGCGUGGGAUCGUUUCCGACCGGCACCUGUCCACAUCACCGGCUUCAGCAGAAUCCUUCAGCAGUUCAUUCCGGAAGCGCACAUGUUCGUCGGACAUAUUUUCAUCCGCAUUGCGUGGACUCCGUGGCUACAGCAGAACAUCCAAUCCUGGGACUAUCAACUGCGCUAUCAAAUGCUGUCCUCGCUACUGAUGAUCUUCAUCAAGAUAUCCUACGAACCGAACGCACGCGAGGGACUCAAAAUCGUCACGCUACUGCAAGACGCGUGCAACUACCCGUGGCACAUGCUCGAGUACCAAGGCGUUGAGGCUGUGUUGGAUUGGUUCGUGCUGUCAGCCGAACCGUCCGUCGUCCUCAAGAUGCCGUCCGAGGGUGAGGUUGUGGACAGUGCCGUUCUGGAUCUACUACAAGUGGCAUCUUCGAUGAAAUUCAACGCUGGGAAUCCGCUCGAAUCGACGUCCCUGCAGUCGCAAGUUCAAGCCAAGCGGAUACUCUACGUGCGGACCACGGUGCGGUUGUUGAACUCUUGCGGGGCCAAGUACCAGAAACUGCUGGGAACGAAACAGGGAGUGCAAGCAUUUCACAAUGCGGUUCUGGGGCUGUUCAACGUGGUGGAAACGGUUCUACUGCAACUGAAGUCCGUCAAGGACAGGGAGUUCGAGGCGAGAAAUUUGGUUGGAGAGGUGGUAGUUUCGUUGCAGUCGCAGAGCGAGCACACAUCAAAACUGUUCAUCGAAGCCAUUGUGCUGUGGACGGAGAAUUGUCGAACCAGCGAUAGCUACAUCAUUCCUUCGGUGCUGGAUGCCGCCGGAAUGUGUAAAAGUUUCUCCUGCAAUAUGUACCUGUUGCUGGAGGAGAUACUGUUGCACUAUUUUGGCAAAUCAUGGCUCGGUCAAGUCACCAACGGAGGUGAACCGGUUAUGGAUGCCACGUGGACGAAGGCCUUGCACAAGGUUGGACUGCGAACUGUGAAGGGAUUUGACGAAAAGAUGUUGACAAAAAAUAGGCAUCUGCUUGUGCUGCAUCUGUUGAUGGUACAGAGGCUGCAGGAAGCUGGUAGCAGCGGUGAGAAGACUAUUGCUCUGCAGAAAUUGUUUCGGAUGCUGGAGGACGUGAAAGUGAACGAUCAAAACGAAUCAAAGCUGAUUCUCCUCUGGAGCAUGAUGGUGGUGGUCGGAGUGGAGAUUAUGAAAACGUCAUCCAACGGCCAAAAUCUUCUGCUAACAUUGGCUCGCUAUCUGCAGACUUGUUCCAAGGAAGCCGAGGGUUGGGGCGAGGGACUCCUCGGUGCCAUUGGUAUCCGUAAAGACGGCAUCAGCAUUCGCCGAAAAGUGAUUGCCAAGUGUUUGUCGUGCAUCGUGUUCCUUCUGUUCGGGGAUGAUUCUGACAAAGCGCUGGAAGCGUCAGAAUCCGGACCGCCUUCAAUCGACAGCACCAAUCGGUGCAAGGAGUAUGGCCAAGCCAUGGGAGAUCUUAAGCAAACGUUGGCCAAUAAGCGUUACGGCGAUACGCAUAUCAAAACGCGAGCGGCGAUCAAUCUGAUUGAAAACACGGCAAUGAUCGCCAAUAUUGGAGAAAAUGUUUGUAAAAUUGUUCGACUGUUUUGCGACGAACACUUCUUCCACUCAGUUGAGGAAGUGUGGCGCUGUUGAAUUUAAGACUUGAUUUUAGAAGAAGAAAUUUCUCUACUACAUAUACUUGGGUAGGUAAUUAAACUUAGAAACGUAUCUAAAGCUUUAUUCGCAAUAUACAAUAUAACGAUUGGCUUUUUCGGCUGUGACGUAUCAAAA